ACUAAUAAAAAUCAGAACAAAACGCAAGACUCGAUCGAUAAGAGCGAACAGAAUAACGAUGUAAUCAUAUAUUCAUCACUAAUCGCAGCCCUAUUUGUGACGGCACUGAUGCGCUCAGUCACGUGGUUUAUGAUGUGUAUGCGGGCGUCCGUUAAUCUACACAACAGUAUAUUCUAUCGUAUAUUACGGACUCCCAUAUCAUUCUUUGACAACAACCCCGUCGGUCGAAUAUUAAACCGAUUUACAAAAGACAUGGGAAUUGUGGACGAAAUGUUGCCGUCGACUGGCUUUGACUUAAAUCUUACAAUGACCCAGGCACUUGGCAUAAUAAUCGUGGUGGCAAUGGUCAAUCCCUAUCUAAUCAUACCGGCUGUUGUGCUAAUCAUACUGUCCAUUAUAGUGCGGGGCAUAUAUAUUAAAUGCGCCCGAGAUAUCAAACGCUUUGAGGGUUUAACGCGAAGUCCGGUGUUUACACACGUGAGCACAACACUGAACGGGUUGGCCAGUGUGCGGGCCUACGGGGCGCAGGAGGCGUUUGAGCGCCAGUACUACGUGUACCAAAACGAUCAUUCAGCAACAUGGUUUCUAUUCAUAUGCGCCUCCCGUACGCUCGGUUUGAUUAUGGACUGGAUUUGUGUCGGUUAUAUUGUGGUCAUAUCUGUUGUGCUGAUGAUAUUCUACGAGGGAAUUGGCGGCGGAAGCGCUGGACUGGCCUUCUCUUCGGCCCUAAUGUUGACGGGAAUGACUCAGUGGGGAGUCCGGCAGUCGGCAGAGAUGGAGAGUCAGAUGACUUCAGUCGAGCGCAUCAUUGAGUACUCAAAAUUGACACAAGAAGCUGCCCUUACUUCAGAUGAUAGCCAUAAACCCCCUCCCAAUUGGCCACAGAAGGGACAGAUAGAGCUCAGAAAUAUGAGUCUAUACUACGAGGGGUCAGACAAACCGGUGCUGAAAAACCUGAGCUGUAAUAUAAAGAGUGGAGAAAAGAUAGGGAUCGUUGGGCGGACGGGUGCCGGCAAGUCGUCCAUCAUAUCAGCGCUGUUUCGUAUGGUUGAGCCAAAGGGGGAGAUAAUAAUGGACGGUCUGUCUGUGGGAUCAAUUGGUUUGCAUGAAUUGCGGUCAAAGAUCUCAAUCAUACCUCAAGACCCGGUGGUCUUCACGGGACCCGUCAGACGGAAUUUGGAUCCUUUUGGCGAAUAUAGCGAUCAAUCGAUUUGGAGUGCUUUAGAAGAGGUGCAGCUGAAGGGGGCGGUGGGGGACCUCCCGGGCCAGUUGGACGGCCAGUUAGCUGAAGGGGGCGGUAAUUUA